CCUCUCAGAGGCCGCCUGACAGAGGUGCGUGCGCCAUGGAAUCUGAAGCCAGACUCACUGCGGUGCAGUUAGCAAAGGGAACAAUAUCGAAAGCACAAUUUCAUUUUGCAAGUAGACUGCUCAUAUCUCUGAACAUUCACAGCUCGUUACCUCGUAACUUGGAUACCCUCUGUAUAUGUAACCACAUAUAAAUUGAGAAAACAAUCAUCAAUCGAAAAGGAAGAGUCACGUAGUGCCAUGACAGGACAAGGAAACACAAACAUCACUGGCCGUGAAGUAUGUAUGUAAUGUAUGGCGGGUGUGCCAAAUCGCUCCAGAGUCUAAAAUUUCUCCCAGGUGACACCACUGAGCAUGCACACCAUAUCAAGUAGAGAGAAUCAAAACAUCAUCCAGAUGACUCAUGUGGAGUGACCAGCAGCAUCAAGUGUUGGUGAGAGGUGCUGUCAGCUACCAGCAGGGAUGGAUGCCACAACAAACAACCAUAAAAUGCCCAAGCAGAAAAAGAAAGGGAAGCCUCCACCCCCUCCUGGAUCUGAGUCAGACCAGAGCAUUGACACAAACAGUCUCUCAGCUGAAUCCCAGGAGGCCGGCCGUUCACCCAGCUCUUCCCAUAAAAUCACAAGUAAAAAAGGAGAAUGGGAGAUCUUGGAAGGACUCAAAGAAGGACAGAGGUUUGAUUUAAUCCCACGGAAAUUUGAAGGAUUUUUGCUCAAGCGUCGCAAGUGGCCCCUGAAGGGAUGGCACAAGAGGUAUUUUGUGCUAGAUCAGAGUGUACUGACUUAUGCCAAGUCUAUCGGGGACUUGAUGCGUGGCAAGAUCUUAGGCAGGAUGGACAUUGGUAUGUCAGUUAUAUCCACAAAAGCUCGGCGUCGCCGCAUUGAUAUUGAUGCUGAUACCUUGAUCUUCCACUUAAAGUGUAAGUCAAGAGAAGUGUACCUGCAAUGGGUGGAACAACUUAAGCAACACCGACUUCACAAGCAGCAUCAGAUCUUGUACAGCAAAGACCAGAAUAAAUUAACAUCUCCCACUUCACCCUCUGAUGACUCUCCGACAGACUCACUAGUGCCAGGAGGGGAGGGCAUCACUACCAGGAUCAUUUGCCAAGUUCCCACCCAGGCACCAUAGGCAGAGAAACAAAGACCAACACUGCCACCAGCCUCACAGGAAGCUGCUGCAG